AUCGGCUCCUGUCAUCGGCUGCGGAUAGCUUUCAGCUCUGAAUUUGUCUUUGUAAGGUCUUUCUGCUGCUUAUUUCUCGGGACAGCUAACAAGAUAAAAGAAAAAAAAAAGGUUUGGAAGACUGGUCAGCAGCGAAGCCUGGAGAGGGAAGUGAUGCCCACCCACUCUCACAAAGGACCGUAGCGGCGUAGACUGAAAUUUCCUAGGUCUCCUGCAAAAACGUAUAAAGUUUCUGUGAGAUUUGGGGACUUGGGAGAGAAGACCACUCCAGCUAUAAUUUAGCAGCCGUAGGAAAGGGACCGAUCUCCUAUUAUUUAGAAAUGUGUGCGUGAUUUAGAUAUUUAGAAAUUGGUGUGUGAGCGUGAAGAAAAACUUAGCAAUCAAGAAAAUUAUCCUCCCCCCUCUAAAGUGACACAGAAGACCUCGGAGCUUAACUCCCUGGUGCAGUAUCCGUCUAGUUGCGGGACAGGAGGAAGGCGCACUCCCUCUUUAGCCCAGGUUCUUUUCUCAUCACUCAGCAACGCACUCGCCUCAGCAUUUACAAAGCCUGCGGAGAGAAAGGAGAAACCUCCCUAGCGCCUUCUCCAGCUCCCAGGGGCAGAAAGAGCAGCAGCGGGGAGGGAGAAACGCAGCUGCGGCCGUGAGGAUGGCGGACGUCUUCAGCGGCCGGAUCCUUGUCAACAAGGAUGGGGACACGGUGGAGCCCGAGGAGGUGCUGCAGAACAAAGUGGUGGGGUUGUACUUUUCGGCAGGCUGGUGCUCCCCUUGCAGGGACUUCACUCCACUCCUCUGCGACUUCUACACGGAACUGGUGGAAGAAACCCAUCCGCCGGCCCCCUUUGAAAUAGUCUUUAUCUCCUCUGACCGUAGCCCGGAGGAGAUGGUAGAUUAUAUGCACGACAUGCACGGGGAGUGGUUGGCCCUGCCUUUUCACGACCCCUUCAAACAUGAUUUGAAGAAGAGGUAUAAUAUCACAGCCAUACCCAAGCUGGUGGUGGUGAAACAAACUGGAGAGGUCAUCACCGACAAAGGACGGAAACAAAUUAGAGAACAAGGCCUCUCCUGCUUCCAAAACUGGUUGGAGGGAGCUGAUAUCUUUCAGAAUUUUUCUACCUGAAUUUGUAAAUAAUGGUAUAGACACCAGGAGACUUUAGGGUGUGAUCAUUAUACCAUUUUCAUAGUUCUGAAGAUAAUUCUUAUACUGAAGGCAAAAGUAAAGGGUAAAAUAUUAAUUUUCCAUUAUUUAUUAGUAUUUGUUUAAUCAUAUUUCAUGACAGAGGUACUAGGAAAGAGCAUUAAGUAAAUAUUUCUCAGGAAAAAUAUCUUCCCUGCUCUGGUUAUGUAGGCUCGUUUAUUAUUUUUAUUAUUCUUAGAGUAAUUCUGUUAAUAAUACUAAGAGCUGAAUGGAUCAUUCCUGAGUGAUAGCUGGCUGAAUAGACUAGUAUGUCAGUCUUUUAAAAAUCUAUGCAAAAAUUCACAUGUGUAGAUCUGUUCAAGUAAAUUAAUAUAUUUCUUCAUAUAACAGAUUUCUAUUGAUUAAUCUAUUUGAAUGAUAUAAAUUGACAACUAUAUUAAUAAAGUUUGUAGUCUUUGUGCUUUAAUAAAAAACCUAUUUCUGUAUUAUUAGUCCCUGAUUAUCCCCUUUAUAAUUUCAAGCAAAUGACAUCAGAGAGUAAAUGAAUAAAUGAAUCCCCCAAACUAGCCAUUCCCAUGUUCUUCACAAAGGCCAUAUAUUCUUUCCUCUCUUGAAAUCUCUUCUUUCCCUUUUUCUUUUUCUGAAGUCUCUAAUAGUCAGUAAUCUUACUGUUUAAAAACAUUGUAUUUUGGAGCUAGAAAGCACUUGAUGUCUUAGUCACCUUUCCACAUCCACACCACUUCAAUACAAAAAAAAAUAAUUAAGUGCCUUUUAUAUCAUCGUCCUCAGCUCUUCUCUUCUCUCCCUACUGGAACCUUGGGUUCUGCCUCUGAGACUGAAGGCUCUGAUAGGUGAACCUUAUCUUGCCCCAAACUAGGUUCUCUUGGCAUUUCCCAGCUACCAUUUCCAAAAUUUUGUACCCUCUCUUUCCAGUUCCCCUUUACGUGUUGUCUUCUUCUGUUAGAAGUUAAGCAUUUUGAAGACAGGAACUAUCUUUCUUGCUUGUGUUUGUAUCCCCAGGACUUAGCACAAUG